AGACCGCGGCGGCGGCGGCUGCUGCAGGAGGAGCCGAGGGGACACCGCCCCUGCCCGAGCCCUGCCUCAGGCCAUCGCUGCUCCCCCGGGGUCCCGCGCGGACUAGCCUCCGUGAAGUGUCACGAUGUCUGACCGGAAGGCAGUGAUCAAGAACGCAGACAUGUCUGAGGACAUGCAACAGGAUGCCGUUGACUGCGCCACGCAGGCUAUGGAGAAGUACAACAUUGAGAAGGACAUUGCUGCCUAUAUCAAGAAGGAAUUUGACAAGAAAUAUAACCCUACCUGGCAUUGUAUUGUGGGCCGAAAUUUUGGCAGCUAUGUUACACAUGAGACAAAGCACUUCAUCUAUUUUUACUUGGGUCAAGUUGCAAUCCUCCUCUUCAAGUCAGGCUAGGUGGCCACAGUGAAGGUGUCAGUGGCGGCGGCAGCGAUGGCAAGCAGGCGACGUUGCUGGGACUGUUUUGCACUGGGGCCAGCAUCAGGAUGUCCUCUCCAAUGGCUGUGCUACUGCAUGGACUGUAUACUCAAUUUCAUGUGUAUGUCGCAGUAAACAAAACCAAACUUCUUUCUGUUUAGUUGCCUGGGGAAGAAGGCUGCUUUAUGUUUAUUUUCCAAGACUUUAAAUUUUUUUCUUUGGUUGUAUUGCACUAGGAAAUCUCUCCCACCCCUCCCUCUUCUCUUUCUCUCCCUACAUAAAAUAAAAAGCCCUCCACAAAGCCUGUAAGCCUAGGAGGGCUGGGGAAGGAAACUGGUUUCUGGAGUGGAAGUAAAACUGUGCAGCAGCCUCCUCCUGGCAGCGGAUGCUGUUUUGGGAGGGUCAGGGGGGCUGCAGGGGGGGCAGCAUUAGGAUUGGCAAGGAGAGAGGGAUAGGAAGGAGGUAGGGGGAUUGAUCUAGUACCAGGGAGAAUAUUCCACUGAACUGUGAUUUCACGGCUUGGGGCAAAGGGUGGGGUGGAGGGUGGAUUCUUUAAGGGGCCCUGAGACGUGUUUGUCUGUGGUGUGUGGGAGUGGGGAGCAGACUUGUCUUGCUGUCUUUGUCAGAAGAGUUUCUAAGUAAGGGCUGUGUUUUUGUGGAUUACCUUUUAUUCCUGCCGGAGCUCCUGCUCGGAGGAUGUUGGAGGUAGGAUUAGCUUGAUUUUUUUUUUUCCCCCUAUUCAUUCUUCUCUCCUUCUGUCUGCUCCCUGCUUAGCUCUCGGUUUUCUCAUUCCUCUGGAGUUCUCUAGAGCAGCCCCUGUUAGUUGGCUGGAAAGGGAAUUUCUGGUGACUGUAGUUCCUUGGUUAAGUCUUAGCAAUCAAACCAAAUCAAUGUCUCCCUUGAUUCUUCUAUGUGUAUAUGUAUGUAUGUAUGUGUGUGUGUGUGUGUGUCUUGGUUUGGGGUAGAGGGGAGGGAGGGUCAGGACAGUGUGGAAUCUCUAGGGUGUAUGGGUAGGUAGGCUGCACAGUUAGUUCUAAUUGGGCCUUUAUGUUAAAAAAAAAAUCUCUGGGGGUGAAGACAGUUGUCAACUCCCCAGGCCAUCUGGCCCAGACACUGCUUGCCCUAUGGCUGUCUGCUCCCCAGAAGGCUUUGGGAGAAUAGUCCAUGAGGAGAUGGCCAUGAUACCUUCUGCCCUGGAACUGGUUCUCCAUGGAGAGGGAAAGUGACUUUGUGGGUGGUUGCAGCCUCUUGUGGGAGGUAGGGACGGAAGUGAUAAAGGGGCGUAAGUACCUUUGGGGGAACUUUGGAGGAGAUUAGUCUUGGCAGUGGUGAAGCCAGGUAUUAGGAGGUGGAGCAGGGCCGCUAGUGGGAAGAGAUUCCAAGGAGAGUAUGGGGGGAAAUCUUGUCUCUUAAUCAAACGGAUGGUGGGGGGGAGUCAUUGCUGACUGAGCUGCUGAUUCUUGUAAAUCGCAUUUAAAACUCUCAUGUGUAGGGUUGACACUGUGGGAGGGGGGUGGUUGGGAUCCAGCUCAUUCUUUUUUUUUCUUUUUUUUUCUUUAUCCAAGUCCAUCCUUGGGGCUGAUUGGGAGGCAGGAGAAUGCCCCUUCCCUAAGCCUUUAGUGUGUGCUGAGUUUUCUUUUUGAUGCUGACGGGAGGGUGGGUACAGGGAUGGUGAGUGAGUUCCCUAUAUCAAACCCUUCGGUGGGCAUAAGAUUGAGUGCUUGGUUUUAGGUUUUAUUUUUUUAUGAUUGUCCAGAUCUGUGUUUCCCCCUGCCUUCCCAGACUUGUGUGGCCAGUUGGAAAUGUCUGGUUUGUGUUCAUCUCUCCCUCAUUUCUGGAGCAGGGGCUGAGACCCCACCACAUCUCCUGUGCUCUGCAUCCAUGCCUCUUUUGGACAUUAAAGGUCGAUUGAUGCACUUCUGA